UGCCAGUCAGCCCUUCCCCAGCCUGCGGCAGCCGCCCCAGACAAAGGAAGAGUAACUCUGGAAACUGUGUUAUCAGCAUCCUCCAUGGACUUCCUCACCUCCUCCCCAGCCCCGUUCGCCCCAAGCUUCUUAGCAUCCUCCGACAGGAACCGGGGAGCCUGGGAUGGGCUCAGCGCCCUGAAGCCAGCCCCCUGUCUUUUGCCAAGACCUAACCCCUGCGCAGCCUUGAGUGGGCAGCUGAAGGCUGUGGCCGGAAUCCUGAGCCUGAGAUGGAACCCCAGCUGGGGCCUACGGCUGCCAGCCUCUGCCCGGGCCGGCCGCACCUGCUGCUGUGGGUCUCAGCCCUGAGCUGUUGCGUUUCCUCGCUGGCUUCUCCCUCUCCUUCUCUGGUGCCCCGAAUCAGAACCAGCUACAAUUUUGGAAGGACUUUCCUCGGUCUUGAUAAAUGCAAUGCCUGCAUCGGGACAUCCAUUUGCAAGAAGUUCUUUAAAGAAGAAAUAAGGUUUGACAGCCGGCUGGCCUCCCGCCUCGGACUACCUCCCGACCCCCUACCUUCUUACGCUGCAAAUUACUCAGAUGAUUCCAAAACCUGGCGCCCUGUGGAGAUCUCGAGGCUGGUCAGCAAACAGGAAAGUGACAUCUCGGACAGGAGAAUCUGUGCCUCUGCGGCAGCCCCAAAGACCUGCAGCAUCGAGCGCAUCCUGCGGAAAACAGGAAGGUUCCAGAAAUGGCUGCAGGCCAAGCGCCUCACGCCGGACCUGGUGCAGGGCCUGCCCAGUCCCUUCCUGCGCUGCCCGUCACAGCGACUCCUGGACCGUGUGGUCCGACGCUACGCCGAGGUGGCCGAUGCUGGCAGCAUCUUCAUGGACCACUUCACGGACCGCGACAAGCUACGUCUGCUCUACACGCUGGCUGUCAACGCGCAUCCCAUCCUCCUGCAGAUCUUCCCCGGCGCCGAGGGCUGGCCGCUGCCCAAGUACCUGGGCUCCUGCGGCAGAUUCCUGGUCAGCACCAGCACCAGCCCUCUGCAGGAAUUCUUCGGCGCGGCCCCGGACCAGGCGGCCGACCUGGCCUACCAGCUCCUCGGGGUCCUGGAGUCCCUGAGGAGCAACGAUCUGAACUACUUUUUCUACUUCACCCACGUCGAUGCGGGCACGUUUGGCAUCUUUAACAACGGGCAUCUGUUCAUCCGGGAUGCCAGCGCCUUGGGCGUCAUCGACAAGCAGGAAGGCAGCCAGGCAGCCGCCGGGGCAGAAGAGACUCCAGACAUCUUCAGCUGCCUGGUUUCCGGCUGCCAGGCCCCGCUGCCCUCCUGUGACGCCGUCCCCGAGAAGCAAAGCCUGGUGCUGGUGUGUCGGCGGGUGCUGCCUCAGCUUCUCCAGGGCAAGUUCCCUUCCCCCGUGCAGGACGAGAUAGACGCCGCCCUUGCUCGCUGUGGGGAGGACGCCAGCCCAGACCCCGAAGUCCUCGGGGCCGCCAGCCGCCUGAAGGACCUCUUGAGGCCCCUGAGAACCUGCGACCCCAGAUUCGCCUACCGCUACCCGGAUUGCAAGUAUAAUGAGAAGUUCUGAGGGGCCCGGGGCCUUUGGUGGCCCGGCAGGGGACCACAUCCUUGGCUCCUCUCCCCCUCCCCCCCCCCCCAGUCGCGUGGCUGCAGGGUGCAAAGAGGCGGCUGUGUCCCCAGACAUUAGGAGAAAUGCAC